AUGGAAUUGCAGGGUAAGCUGCCAUUUGCGGCUGCACAGAUUGGUUCCGGAUUCCGAAAUGAAAUUUCGCCAAGGCAAGGGUUGAUACGAGUUCGCGAGUUUACGAUGUGUGAAAUCGAGCAUUUCGUUGAUCCGAAUGAUAAAAGUCAUCCUAAAUUUGGUGAUGUUAGAGAUUAUGAAUUGGUCCUGUUCUCAGCGUGUAAUCAGAUGGACGGCCUGCCUGCGCAGACAAUCUCGGUUGGCGAAGCUGUCGAGAAGAAAACGGUUGCGAAUGAAACGCUUGCCUAUUAUAUGGUACGGGUGCAUAAAUACCUGCUCAGGGUUGGUGUCGAUGCACAGAGAUUGCGAUUCCGGCAGCAUUUGUCAAACGAAAUGGCACAUUAUGCAUGUGUGAGUGAUGCUGAAUUUUUCAUGUAG